GUGAUUCGACGACGCAAUCUUCGUACACGGUGUAUCAAACUGCUAGUGUUGGAUGAAGCAGAUGAAAUGCUCAACAAGGGUUUCAAGGAACAAAUCUACGAUAUCUAUCGCUACCUUCCACCGGGUGCUCAAGUUGUGCUGUUUUCGGCUACGCUUCCGCACGACAUCCUCGAGAUGACCAGCAAAUUUAUGACCGACCCCAUUCGUAUACUUGUAAAACGUGAUGAAUUGACUCUGGAAGGAAUCAAACAGUUUUUUGUCUCGGUCGAUCGCGAGGAAUGGAAAUUUGAUACGCUCUGUGACUUGUAUGAUACGCUUACGAUCACGCAAGCAGUCAUAUUUGUGAAUACACGAAAAAAGGUCGACUGGAUGGCAGAGAAACUGAGGGAAGCGAAUUUCACAGUGUCUGCAAUUCACGGUGAGAUGGAGCAGAAAGAGCGCGACGAAAUUGUGAAGCAAUUCCGUAGUGGUGUGAGUCGCCUGUUGAUUUCAACGGACGUGUUUGCUCGCGGCUUGGACAUCCCACAAGUUUCGCUUGUGGUGAACUAUGAUUUGCCGAAUAAUCGUGAACUUUAUAUUCAUCGCAUUGGACGCUCUGGUCGCUUUGGGCGUAAGGGUGUCGCAAUCAACUUCGUGAAAUCUGAUGACAUCCGUAUUUUGCGUGACAUCGAGCAGUUCUAUGCUACACAAAUUGAUGAAAUGCCAAUGAAUGUGGCGGAUCUCAUCUGA